CUUUUGGGUCCUUUCAAAUAGAAUCUACAAUAUUUCACAUUGUUAUCAUAUCGUGAGUGUCUGUGAUUACCUUGGGUUAUUUGUGAUUACACCAUGGACGCUUAUGAUCUAUUCAAAAAACUUGCGGCCGGUGCGAAAUUCGAUAAGAACCGUUUCCGACGCGACGCGGAGAAAUUUCAGAUGGUAAAACCUACCGUGAAUAAUGUAAUUAUAAAGAAAGAAAAGACAGAUGAUGAAGUGUCGAAAGUCAACGAAGAAGGUAACGCGAAGAGAAAACGUUUUGAAGAUGAGAUCGAAGACACUGAUAGGUUAACUUUGUUGAAUGGGCUAUCAGUGCCGAAAGAUGGAAGUACACCAGCUUUUAAAAAACGUAAAAAAAUUGUAACCACCGACAAGAUGCUCAAGUUGGAGCAGGAGAAGAUAAAUCAUCUGAGAAAUCUGAAUCGCAUCUCAGUCACGGGUAGCCAUGUGCCUAAAUUAAUAAUAGACUUUGAGGAAUUAAAAACAAAUUAUCAAGUGCCAGAAAAUUUAAUAAAGAAUAUGAAAAGUUGCAACUACAUUUGUCCAACACCGAUACAAAUGCAAGCAAUGCCAGUUUUAUUAGAAAAUAGACAAAUAUUAGCUUGUGCUCCAACAGGAUCGGGAAAGACUGCAGCAUUUCUAUUACCUGUAAUUUACAGUUUAUGUGGACCACAGAAAAAGGGUUUCCGUGCGGUUAUUUUAAGUCCAACGAGGGAAUUGGCCAAGCAGACAUAUAGAGAAUGCCUGAGAUUGAGUGAUGGUUGUGAUUUUAGGAUUCAUAUAAUCAACAAAGCUAAUCAAGCUCUUACCAAAUAUGGACCAUCAAGUUCGCAAAAAUUUGAUAUUUUAAUAACCACACCAAAACGACUGGUCUUUCUUCUGAAUCAAGAUCCUCCAGCUAUUUCAUUACAUAAUGUAGAAUGGUUGAUUGUGGAUGAAGCUGAUAAGCUUUUUGAGGAUGGAAUACGUGGAUUUAGGGAGCAAUUGGACGAAAUCACAAGAGCUUGUACCAAUAAAAAUCUACGUCGCGGCAUGUUUAGUGCGACAAACACACCCGCGGUUUCGAAAUGGUGUCGCCGUAAUAUGAAAGGACUUGUAACGGUAACAGUUGGGCAAAGAAAUGCAGCUACAGAUUUAGUGGAACAGGAACUUCUAUUUGUUGGUAGUGAGAGGGGCAAGUUGGUAGCAUUUAGAAACAUUAUUCAAAAGGGUAUAUCACCACCCGUGUUGGUAUUCGUGCAGAGCAAAGAACGAGCUCAAGAACUCUUCAAGGAACUUAUUUACGAUGGAAUUAAUGUGGAUGUUAUUCAUGCCGAUAGGACAAUAACACAGAGAGAUAAUAUCGUGCGUUGCUUUAGAGAAGGCAAAAUUUGGGUGUUGAUUUGUACAGAGCUGAUGGGCAGAGGUAUAGAUUUUAAAGGUGUAAAUCUCGUCGUGAAUUACGAUUUUCCACCGUCUGCAAUUUCUUAUAUCCACAGAAUAGGUCGUACUGGUCGGGCUGGUCAUAAAGGAAAAGCGAUAACAUUUUUCACCCAACAAGAUACGGUGAAUUUACGAAGUAUCGCAGCUGUUAUGCGUGCGUCUGGAUGUCACGUGCCGGACUACAUGCUGGCUAUGAAGAAACAUAGUAAGAAAGAACAACGUAAGCUCGAGCGCACAGCGCCCACACGCGAAAGAAUAUUAACCGUGCCCACGUACAAGCGACACAAACGAAAAUCGCGCGCAGGGCAGAAAUCAGAGGCGGAGGAGGAAGCAUAAAGGUGUGAACGCGAUAUUCAUAUACUUUAUCGGGCGAUAUAAAAAUAUAAUAAUUGAUAUCUA